AUGAGAAUAUGUACAACCAUUACUAUACCUUUUUUCCUUAUUAUUUUCCAGUGUGCAGCUUUGUUGUACAUAAAAGGUGCCAUGAAUAUGUCUCAUUCAUCUGCCCGGGUGCUGACAAAGGUGCUGACUCUGAUUUUUUUACCUCAAGAUUGGAAUGUUGUUUAUAAAAUGCAAGGAUGGGCUGGACAAUUAGCUUAUAUUGAACAUGUACUAUAUAAUAUACUCUUAUUGCCAGGCUGCAGAAACCAAGCACAAGUGGGAUGUUUUCACAUUCUUGACCCCGACCUUCUGCGACCACUGUGGGUCCAUGCUACAUGGAAUCUCACACCAGGGACUCAAAUGUACAGAAAAAAUUAUGGGCUAACUUGUUAUGUUUCAGCAUGUGACAUGAAUGUACACAAAAGAUGUGAAGAGUCGGUACCGAAUCUCUGUGGUUGUGAUCAUACAGAGCGCCGAGGACGUCUUGAAAUGAAAAUUGUUUGUGCUGGCAACAAACUUACAAUUGAAGUGCGUCAGGCUCGUAAUCUCAUUCCUAUGGAUCCCAAUGGACUGUCAGAUCCAUAUGUAAAGCUUAAACUUAUACCAGAUUCUGACAAUGUAAAGAAGAAAACAAAAACUAUCCGCUCAUCCUUGAAUCCGGUCUGGAAUGAAACAUUAACUUUUGAGCUGAAACCAGAAGAUAAGGAUCGACGUCUGUUGGUAGAGGUAUGGGAUUGGGACAGGACUUCACGGAAUGAUUUUAUGGGGUCUUUAUCAUUUGGAAUCUCGGAGCUUAUUAAAGCACCUGUUGAAGGUUGGUACAAGUUGCUGACUCAAGAAGAAGGAGAAUUUUAUAAUGUGCCUGUUCCUGAGGAAGGAGCAGACCUUGCAUCACUAAAGACACAAAUGAGAAAAACUUCCAUUACAAAGAAGGCUCCUGUUACUUCUGAUAAAGAUGUUCCCCACAACAUGGGAAAGAAAGAUGUGAUAAGAGCAUCAGAUUUCAAUUUUCUCAUGGUUUUGGGAAAAGGUAGUUUUGGGAAGGUGAUGCUUGCUGAGCGUAAAGGUACUGAUGAACUCUAUGCUAUAAAAAUUUUGAAGAAAGAUAUUAUAAUUCAAGAUGAUGAUGUGGAAUGCACUAUGGUUGAAAAACGGGUUUUGGCUCUCUCUGCAAAACCACCUUUCCUAGUACAACUUCAUUCUUGCUUUCAAACUAUGGAUCGUUUGUACUUUGUAAUGGAAUAUGUGAAUGGAGGAGAUCUUAUGUUUCAAAUCCAGCAAUGUGGUAAAUUUAAGGAACCUGUUGCUGUAUUCUAUGCUGCUGAGAUUGCCAUUGGUCUCUUUUAUCUACAUGUCAGAGGCAUUGUGUAUCGUGAUUUAAAACUGGACAAUGUAUUGCUAGAUCAGGAUGGUCAUAUCAAAAUUGCUGACUUUGGAAUGUGUAAGGAGGGAAUAAAUGGUGACAAAACUACAAAAACCUUUUGUGGCACCCCUGAUUACAUAGCUCCGGAGAUUAUAUUGUAUCAACCAUAUGGAAAAUCGGUAGACUGGUGGGCUUAUGGAGUUCUACUUUAUGAAAUGCUAGUGGGGCAGCCACCUUUUGAUGGAGAAGAUGAAGAAGAACUUUUUGCAGCUAUUACAGAUCACAAUGUCUCCUAUCCAAAGAGUUUAUCAAAAGAGGCAAAAGAAGCAUGUAAAGGAUUUUUGACAAAGAAUCCAGUUAAGCGUUUAGGCUGUGGUCCCAGAGGAGAAGAAGAUGUGCGUGGGCAUGCAUUCUUUCGACGCAUUGAUUGGGAGAAAAUUGAAAACAGAGAAGUGCAACCCCCUUUCAAACCAAGAAUUAAACAUCGUAAAGAUGUGAGUAACUUUGAUAAGCAAUUCACAUCAGAAAAAACUGAUCUUACUCCUACGGACAAACUUUUCAUGAUGAAUCUGGACCAAACUGAAUUCAUGGGCUUCUCAUUUCUGAAUCCUGAGUUUGUGCAACAUGUGUAAAAAAAAUUACAUUUGAUUGUUGUUGGUGUCUGGUCUUACUGGGUGGAUAUAAGCUGGUUGUAUGUGCUUGCAACAGGGUGUGAAGAAAAAUCUAAGAUAAACAGCAAGCAGUGAGAUACAAAACCACCAGUAAUAGACAUCCACAGCCUAUGAUAUUGGCUCACAGCAAUAAUUAAAGGCCAAUUAUUUUCAUACAGUGAUUCAUGUCUCUGUGAAUUUAACCAUUCUUCUUUCUCUUUAUUAAUAUGUUUCACAACGCAUUUGAUUCUUAAUAUUCUUUUACAUUUGUCUUUAGUUCUCUCCAGAAUUUUAUAAGACAUUUGGUUAAAUCAUUUACUGCAGUUUUAUCAUAUUCAAGUUCCUUGUCAUAAUGUCAUAAGUAAUAUUCUGUGAUGUUCAUUAACUUCACUGUGUAUUAGCUUUUACAUAGUUUUCAACUGAUGGUUCUUCAUAUAACAUAUCUGACAUUCCAUGCAGUUAUUGAAACUGUAAAAUUCUCAAACUCUUCUAAUGUGGCUAGUUUUAAAAUGUGCCUCUUGAAAUUAACCAUAAAUCUUACUACUUUUUUCCUCAUAGGACAUUCAUAAGCUGAUAUGUGAUUUCUAUAUUUAGUUUGUAUGUUUGAAUAUUCUGCUGUGUGCUGUUUCCACAGAGAAUGCUAUUGUGAAGUACUGCCAUGAACUUGAUGUGCUUGUUUUUUCACUGAUGGGACUGUUAAAUAUUGUCUUCUCUUUUUGCAUCACUCAAGAGGUUUUAUUUGUGAAUUGAAUAACUUUUUGUUAACUUUUAUAAUUGUGAUAUAGAUCAGAAGGUAUCAUGUAUAUGUCAGGCUGUUUGUGGAAGUUCUUUUAUGAAUAUUCCACUUGAAUUGUACGUUGCAAAUGUACUAAUUGUAUGAUAUUUUUACAAAUAAUCAUUACUUAUCCUCAGGUACUAUAGCAAUUGACUUUCGCUUUCUCAACUUAAGUAAUGUCCUACCUAUUGUAGUAUUGAAUUUUAUUGUAAAACUAUUCAUGUUGUUGACGGUAUUGUUCCUUCGGCUUUUGUUCUGUAAUGUGCAAAUGUAAUUCUAUAUUAUUUCAGCCAGUAUUCUUGUUUUUUAAUUGAAUUUACAAAACUAGAGAGCAUUCUUAUGUUGCUGUAAAAUAUGAGGAAGAAGAAUUAUUAAGGGGAAAAUGUGACAGAUCUUCCUUAAAUAAAGAAAGGAAUUGAAAUCCCAUCAAUACUAUUCCUUAAAUUAUUGUUCAAUGUGAUCUAGUUUAUUGCCAUUUUAUUAGAAAGUGAUUGAAACGAUUUUAAAAUAGGUUUCUUAGGUAAUUUUAAACCAGUGUAACAAAUGGACAUUCCUUCUUUUCAUAACAUAUUUUAAUUUUGCAUGUAUGUUCGUGCGCAUUUUUAUCUUUCCUCGAGUUCACAUAUGAUAUUAGGUUCUUUUUCUUCCUUUUCUUGUAACAUUUCUGUUUGUUUUUUAUAUGCUGAGUUUUACAAAGAAUGUUAUGAAUCUGUGAUAACUACACAAUAUGCUUUAUGUGAUCUAGUAAUUUAAUAAUAUAACAAUAAUUAUUCUUCUGCUCCAAACAUGCACAGCAUUUUCUCAGGGAAAUAAAUACUAAGUUUGUGACAACUUUCUUCAGAGAUACUAUAUAUAAAUAAUUGUGUAGAAGAUGCUUCAAAUGAAAAUUGAAAAUUAUAUUAAUGCGAUGUUAUUAAAUCAGAACUAAUAGAGCGGAAGCGUCAUGUUGUCGCUGUAGUUUUGGGGCUAAAUAAUAUUAAUGUUAAAUUUUAUUGGGCCAGAUGUGUUUUGAGAGUUAAGAAUUCUGAAAAGUUACUGAACCUUUGGUAAUUGGUACUACUUGUCAUGUCCGUGAUAUAUUGAAAAAUAUUAGUAAUGAUUUUUGUAAAUAUUAAGAAUGAGAUUGUUUGAUAUAGUUUUGAGAGUUGUCACUCUUACAAUAAAUCAGGUUCCAAUUUGAGUUCUUCAGUGAGCUUUCCUGAUAUCAAAAAAGUUUUUAAUUAAUUGUUGUAAUUUGAGAAAAAGGUUUCUUUAAAGUUAACUCAAUUUUACUGCAUAAUUUGUUAACUCAAAAUAUCCACAAAGGUUUCUUUUACAAACAAAUUGCAAUAUAAACUAAAAACAAAUGAGUUGUUUUUUUGUAAUACAUUUUUUGUUAAUUUAAAGGAAUUGAAAUACUGAUGAGCUUGGAACUUUUAUAAAAAGGUUCAAUUAUCAGUAAUUUUAUUUUAAAACAUUUUCUGGACAUGUUUACUCAUUGUUAUGUGUAAUAAAUUUACAAACACUUAAAUAUGGUUUACUUCUGAAUGAAGAAAGACUGGAAAUCAUGAUUAUAUUAUUAAUAUCCAUUGCAUUUUUUUCUCUCACUAAGCACUUUUCUUCUUAAUGUUUGAAAUUAAUAAUAGUAGAGGAUAUUUCAAAAGCUGCCACACUUGGUGAAACAAAAUGUUCAAAUAAUGUUUGUUAAUACUCUAAAAUACUAAUAUAUUAGGAAGACUUGUUACAGUUUUGAGAUUAUUAAUUUUGCUGGGAGAUUGUAGUUUAUACUGCUGAUUGAGAUACUGUUUCUGAAUGUGUUGAAAACAAAUAUAUUAACAAAUUCAGUUGUGGAGAAAAGUAAUAAUGUGCAUCCAUUAAAAAAAUUAAUCAUAAUAUUUCACUUUAAGGGGGCUAUGACUAAGCAAAACUGGUGUUCUUGUUUUAGGGAAUAGCUAUCUAACUUUUAUGUUAUGUCAGUACUAUUGUGUGGGGGUUUUAAAUGUGAAUAUAUCAAAUAAUAUUGAAUCUCAAUCAAGAUCUUUUUGUAAACUCAGUAUUGUGUUACCAUCAUAGAGGAGGUUUUUUAUUUACUUUGGGUGUGAGAAUUUUACUGUAUUUGUAAUCUCUUUUCGUCCUUUUUUCUCUUGUUCUUUGAGGCACAUAAACUCCAAAUAAUAUAGUUUCUAUUAAUAAUGACAUUAAACAUUGGAUUAGUGAUACAUGAUCUAGGGAAGAUAUUGGCUUUUUAAAUCUUCUUAAUGUCAUUCUUCUUCCUCAUUUUGUUGUUAUGAAGAAUUAAUUUCAGUAAUAAAAUAUGACUUUUUAAAUAACAUUUAAUGGUUAUAACAUACUGUAUGAUUUUAUGACAUUUGCUCUUCUAGUGUAAUCCCUUCUGAAAUAUAUUUAGUUUGUAUAAUUAUUAAAAAAAUCAUUGUUAAAAUAUUAUGAUCUACAGACUUCACAUAAAAUUAUUAUUGAAUAACACUUUGAUGUGAUAAAUACUGAAAUACCAAAAUUAUAAUUACUUCUACAACUAAAUAGCAAAUUUGUGCGAAGAUUUUGUACUUGCUAUUAUGUAUAUAGAUUCUUUCCAGAAUAAAAAUGUUAGCUUUUAUGAUUACAGUUAUUAUUCACUAAUUAUGUUUCAUUCAUAUUAUUGAGUGUCCGGAUACAAAUAGAUAGUAAUUAUUUAGAAAAACUUUCGAAUGGAAAAAAAAAGAAAAAAAUAAACAAACAAAAAACCAAACGUUAUUCCAACAAAAAAAUUUGAUAUUUCUCUUUCAAGAAUUUUCAGAGAGUACUGACAGACUCUAGACCACUUGAAUCUUUGAUCUGAGUGCCUCCAACUCACUCUGAAAGUUUGGGAAAGGUGCUUCUUGUAAAGAAAUGUGAUGUUUUGUUUUUCAGAUAGUUUUCUGGUCAAUAAACCAUUUUUCUUACUACUUUGCUCAUCGUAGUGAUUCGGAAUUGUUGAAUUUUUUCCCAGUGUUCAUUGCUUGAUGUAGGUUUUGGUAUUUUGGAAACAUUCUGGAUCAGAAGACAUUUCAUUCAGUUCCAACAUUGUUUUAAUUUUCUCAUUCAAAUGGCAUUUACACAGCUGGAAGGUACGUCUGUAGUCCAUGGUCUGCAUGGUCUGCUUGCAAUCAUAUCCACAAGUAGAAAAACUGCAUUUUGAACAUCAAUGCCUCAGGUUGAGCUCAAGAUCCAGUGCAAUUCCUUAAAAAGCUACAAUUUUUCACAUGAUAAACAAAACUGUAUAUUAAUUAAAGUAACAUUUGCUGGAGAGAAUUGUUCUAAUUGUGAUAUUAUUUUACUUUUUUUUUCAAAUCUGUCUCUGGCAACUCUCUGACCCCACCUGCUGGGUCCAAUUCUUCUAAUUCCUUGAGUUGACUCUUGUAUUUCUUGGUCUCUUUUCUAAUUCCACGAGUUGAUGAAAGUUGUCCUUUUGCUCUACUAAUUGUUGAUUAUUGUAUAUUUGUUGAGUUUUGUGUAUUCUGAGGUGUUCUAUAAUUUUAAACAAAUUAAAUAGCACCCAUGGAAAUGGGAGAUUUUAAUUCUUACGUAAGAUUUCUGUCAACUUCACAGUUAAGUUUGGAAGCAACCGUUAACCAUGCUGACUUAUUUUAUCCAUAGAAGGUUCAAUCACUUGAUUAUUACUUUGAAUGAUUCUUACUUUUGUUUCGUAAAUGCAUUCCAAAGUGUUAUGCUGCUGUUAUUCAGUAAUAUUAUAUGUGGAGUGAAUGGGUGUGUUUUAAAUGUGAUAUGAAGAGGUACUGGUUGAUUUUCAUGUAACAAAUGAAGAUUUCUUUAUUGUUUGCAGUGAUCAAAUAAACAAUGCUCCUCACAGAACCUCUUCAGAUGAUUGAAAGCGAGCACCCAUAUUUUUUGUGUAUUUUCAAUGUUUCACGUGUAAUAACAAGGAAAGAUAAUUGUAAUUUUUCACCUAAAGUAUUGCUUUAGGGUGGUGGUGGUGAAGAAGAAAAUUGAAACUAAUGAUUUUCUCUAGUUAGUGGAUUAGUUAGUUAUUAGGAAAUGAAAAUUAUUAUUUCUUGGUGAAUUGAACAAUUGAAAAGUGUUUGAAUUAAAUAAACUGAUGACUGUUAAGCAGUAAAACCUUACUCAUUGAAGGAACAAUGACUAACGCAAAACAAAUUUCCAAACUAUUAUGUGCCAAAAUACAAAUAAUAUAACAUAACUUGUUUAAUUGUGUAAAGCUAAUAUCAUUUUAGUGUAUAAUAAGUUCAAAAGUGGUUCAGUAAUAUAUUCCUGCGAUUCAGGAAAGAAAUAAUAUUGGUAUUGUGUUUGCUCAUUUUACUGUAUUUAUUCUCGAGCAUUAAUGCUGACUCUGAAAGAACUAUCACCAUCCUAAUGCAAAUCAUUAGUAAUAAAAAUAUUUUAAUGCUACAUGAACUUGUAAGAAUUGCCUGCUUUACUCUUAUUGAAAAACCUGGAAUAAGUAUGAAAGUAAACUUGCAGCUCCAGAAUAGGAUUCUGUAUUACAUGUUGUUCUAUAUUCUCAUUCUAUACUUUAAGAAAUUUCACUAAAAUAAAUUGACUCAAUCUUAUCCAUCUAAUAGCAUACAGAAAUAAGUUGAAUGUGGUUAUAUGAAUGUCAUUAUUCACACAUUCCAUGCUAUCUGUUAAUUGGAUGAGGAAUAUUGUAUGUUAAUGCCAAUAAAAUAGUUUUAAUACUUAUAACUAUUACUGUUCACUGAACGUUAAAAGUGGUCACUAGUUUCAUUAUCUAUAAAAAAUGGAUGAGUUUUCUUGUGAAUUUGUUUCUGUAUUUUUUCUAUUUGUUGCCUGCAAGAAAUAUGCAAAUGAACAUUGUGAGUUUUGGGAUGGAUCUGAAAAGACUGGAAAAAGCUUCAUACUCAAUUAACUAUUGGCUACACUUUUCAUUAAGGUCUAAAUUAAGUAUUUUGUUUUUUCACAAUCUAUUCAAAAACAAAAUUAUUUGUGUUAGGGAUUUUCAGAUGAAGGUGUUCAAAUGUCAUAAUAUGUAGUGAACAUUUUCAAUCUUUACAUCAACUCAGGUUUUGGGACAAUUGCCCAUCCACCACAUAAUUUACUCUUUGCAUUUGGAAUGUAUGUUCACAACGUAUGGUUAAUUACAAUGUAUUCUUAGGCCGUAUUAAUUUAAAUUUGAGAGUAAAACUCAAUGCAAAUAUUUAUAACCCUCAAGGUUGUGUGAAAUAGCGUAGCAUUCUUUUUGAUCUCUGGGUAGAUAUAUUUUUUGCAUAAUUUUUACAUAAGAAACAUAUCACAAACUCUAUAAUGGCAAGUCAAAUCAGCAGAGAAGCAGAUGGAUUAUCAAUGCAGUGAUUGUUAAUUGCAAUUUGCAGAUGAUAUGGAGGUGCUGCUGGUUUACUCAAACUUUUUCCAUUAUUUUCACCUGGUUAAUGGUGAAUAAAGCUCAGCAUUUAAUAUUAUCAUUAUUAUUGUUAGGAUCCAUUAAAUGUAGACCUGAGACGUGAUGUAUAGUUUGUCUGAUUUUUUUUUUUUUGAAGCAUGCUCGGGUGUCCACUAUUAGUGGCUUUUUAAAUGUAUAUUUUGACUAUUACUUAUAAGUAAAAUGUUUUGAAGUAAUAUAUUUACAAUUUAAGAAAAUUUUAUAUAGUAGUUGUUUUGUAAUAAAAUUGAUAAGAUUGUUAAUUUCAUUCAUUCAAGUUAUUGUAGUUUGUGAAAUUCCAGAGAUCUGGGUCACAUUUGUUAUUUUCAUUGAUAAAUCAUGUUCAUUGCAAAUAUUAUACAGAAAUAUAUAAAAGAUUUUUAUUUUUCAGCACUAUUUUAUUUUUUGUUAUGUCUUUGAAUUUCUAUACUCUAUUGUUAAUAUAAAUUUCUUUGUGUAGAGAAUUGAGUAAUUACGGUGUAUUAUCAUUUCUUUACUUUUAUGAUCAUUGUUUACAGCAACAGUAUUGACACAGACAUGAUAUCUUAUUACAUCUCUAUCUGAAUUCGAAGUUGUUGUGUUUGUCCUGUAUUAUUGAAUACCAGGAAAGGUGGUAAUCUAGUCAAGUUAGAUUUUUCUCUACAUUCUGUAGGUCAUGUGUUGAUGAUGCCCUAUCAUAUAUAUAUAUAUAUAUAAAAUAUACAUAGUUGUUAGAUACUUUUAAAUGUUGUUUGCUAUAUAUAUCUAUGGAUAACAGCCUGAAAUGUGAUUUUUCUCUCUUCCUAGUCUCUCAUGUUGAGAUUGUUUUUAAAAGACUUCCAGUGAAUCUUUUUAUCUAAAUGUAACAUUGUAAAUAGACAUUGUGCCUUUCUCUUGCCAAAUUCUACAGGUGAUCGCAUUUUCAAAGAAGUUGUCCUUGGAAGAACUUAUUCAUGUAGUAGAUUGUGGGCAUGUGGGAUCUUAUCAUGAAUUUUAAACUGGUAUGUUUUGUCUUUGGUAGUGAAAGAUAUAGUUAUCAUGGCUUCAAUUAUCAGAUGUGUGGUAAUCAUUGGUGCUUCUGUUGCCAUCAACAGAGAGAAUAAAAUACAAUCUGUUAUAAUGAGCCUGAUGGUAGGAGAGUUAUUGGUGAUGGUGUAGUGGUAAAGAUUUUCUCUGUGUAUCCUUGCAAGGGUCAGGAAUUGUGAAAGUAUAGAUGAAUAGCAUUCUUCCUUUCAGGUUUCUAAAUGCAAAAAGUGAUAACAAUGACUAUUACUCUGUCAUUUUAUGAAAAGAAUAGUAAAAGGGUUUUUUUCCCCUUCUUUUUCAAAUUUGCUGGGCAAAGCCUUUUGGGAAGAUUUUAUUAGAUUUUUUUUUUAUUAGACUGCAUGCUACUUUACUUUUUUUUAUUUUCAUGCUAUUAUUAAAUGUAUUGUUUUUUUUAUGUUUGUUAUAAGGUGGUUGGCUGCUUCAUUGACUACUAAAAAUUAUUUCAUAUUUUAUAUAGAGCAGCAUUCUUGGGAGAUUUCUAAAUAAAUACAAAAUUAUGCCCUAUAUUGUAUGAGACAAUUAGAUGUACUUGUUUUAUAACAUCAAAAUUAUGUCAUUGUUAAUAACUUGAAUAAUAGUGGAAAAAAUGAUUGAUAGGAAAAUAAAUAAAUUUCUUGGGACAUUAUGGAAGAUGUCUUAAGUAUUUAAGAAAUUGCCUCUAAACUCUCAGCAAGAAUUAAUACAAUAGAUAAAUAAAACUACAUCUGUACAUCGUUGUCAAACAAAUAAAUUUCUAACCUUCUGUUAUCAAAUUGGGUUGAAAUUGGUGGUUACUUCUCGCGAAGAAGGUGCAUUUAAUAGUCACAUACCAAUGCCAUUUCAGUACUAGCAUGGGGUCCUUGCAAGACAUGAGAAUAAAUUACAAUGUAGAUAAAUUGAAGGAAAAUUUUAUGUAUUUAAGAACUAAUAAUACACAUAUUUAGUAAAACGUAACUAUUAGUUUCUGUCCGAUUGUGUGAAAACAUUUUCAGUGUGAAGGUAUAGCAAAGCAAUGAACAAUUUUGACUUUUUUUGUACUUGCAGUUUUUUAUGUGGUGAGACUAAUAACUAUAUCCUUUUUUGAAGAACUAGUUAAAUAUUUACAAUGGUCCUCGGAUUGCACAAGUGUUAUCUAUACUGACAGAUACUACAAUAAGAUUGCAAUGCGUUUUUGGGGAGGUCAGAUUACAAGGGAUUUCCCAUAGAGCUAUUAAAAUAUGAAACUAUCACUAAGAGUUUAAAAAGGUUCUAACAAUAAAAGUUCUAAAUGAUGAAACUAACUCCUUGCCUAAACAAAGAUAUAAAAAAAUAUGCUGUGGUUAUUGCCCCCUCUCCUCCCCUUCAGUCGGCAGGGGUGGAUCCAGAGACAAAUUUUGUAAGAGCAAUUACAAAAUGUUUUGGUUGAAUGUGUCGUAUAACAUUUUGUCAAAUGUUGCAGGUUACACUCAGCUCAUGCUGCAAUACAAU